AACGGCGGUGGUUAGGCGAGUGGUGGCUGCCGCAGUGCACCACUCCGAUCUCCUCUCCACUCGGCAAACAAUCAAUGAGGCAGCCCGCCGAGAGCCGACGCCGCUCGCAGGCGGCCGGCGGCCACCCGUCCGACCCGUCCGGCGGCCAAAUCUACUUCUCGGUGGCGGCCAUCGCCCUCAGCUGCUACGCCAACAGCCUCAACGGCGACUUCGUGCACGACGACGUGCCCGCCGUGCUGCAGAACCGCGACGUGCUCGGCCUCACCGGCCUCUCCGAGGUCUUCGUCAACGACUUCUGGGGCACCCGCAUGUCCGACCCCAACAGCCACAAGUCCUACCGACCUCUCACGGUUCUCACCUUUCGAGCCAAUUACAUAUUGAGCGGGCUGGAGCCGUACUGGUUCCACGCGUGGAACGUCGUGCUGCACACCAUGGCUGCAGUUUUGUUCACCAGGGUGUGUGUCGUGGUGGCCGGACUUCGGCCCCAGUUCGCCGCCAUCGCCGGCGCGCUUUUCGCCGCCCACCCCGUGCACACCGAGGCGGUGUCGGGCAUCGUGGGCAGAGCGGACGUGCUGGCGUGCGUUUUGUUCCUUUUGUCUUUCCUCGCCUAUCACGGGAAGCCAGAACUGGAAGAUUGCCAAAGUUCCACCAUGGGUCUGUGGACGAGCGUGUUUUUUGGGGCGCUGGCCAUGUUGUCGAAAGAAAUCGGUGUCACCGUAAUUCUGGUGAAUUUGCUCUACGAUCUGUACCGCAGCUGGCCCUUUGUCAAAAGGUCGAUAUUUUGCCUUCAGUGGAACAAAGAAACUGUUCAAUUCGCCAGACGGGCCGCUAGAAUAUUAAUAUCACUGUGCUUUUUGCUGGCCAUCCGACUCGCGUUCUUGCAGGGAACGUGGCCGCGCUUUUCCAUCCAGGAUAACCCCGCAGCGUUCCAUCCCAGCAGACAAGUCAGAUUUCUGACGUUUUGUUACUUGGCGGCGUUCAACUGUUGGUUGAUUUUGUGCCCAUGGAGUUUGAGCCACGAUUGGCAGAUGGGUUCUUUGCCACUGAUCACCUCAGUGGCCGACUCGAGGAACCUCGUAACCAUAAUUCUCCUUGGAUUUUGUGUGGCUCUCAUCUACAGAAGUAUCUGCGACUUUGAGCAACAAAAGCAAACACCGCUCAUUUUGGGCUGUUUGUUCCUGGUGAUGCCAUUUUUGCCGGCAACCAAUCUCAUCAUCACCGUCGGCUUCGUAGUUGCCGAAAGAGUUCUCUUCAUUCCGAGUCUUGGCUUCCUUCUAUUAGUGGUGUAUGGGGUGCAGCUGGUGUGGGGCUCGUUGGUGCGCCACCGAUGGCUGCUCAUGUGUGGAGGGUGUUUGUUGCUGAUCAUCUUUUGCGGGCGGACGGUCAUUCGCAACAACGACUGGACCUCCAGGGAGGCCCUCAUUAAGUCUGGGUUGAAAACUGUGCCGCACAACGCCAAGAUGCACUACAACUUGGCCAACCUUUUGAAGGACAAAGAGCAGUACGACGAGGCAGUCUUCCAUUAUCAGCAAGCGCUUCGAUUCUGGCCGGCGUACGCCAGCGCGCACAACAACAUGGGCACUCUGAUGAGCAUUCCCGAGCAAGCCAAAGUCCACUUCCAGGAGGCCAUCAAACAUUCGCCCGACCACGUCCACGCACAUUACAACUUGGGACAAAUUUACAGGCUUGAAAAUCGUACGGCGGAGGCAGUGCAGAUGUUGCGUCGGUGCGUCAAACUGGUGAAGCAGCAGUCGAGCAAGCACCACUCUAACGCCGUGGAGAACAUUUUGCGGCACAUAAUGCGGUUGCAGCCCGAGAACCCAGACAACAUGGUCGAGUUCGCCAAAUGGAUGCACGUCAUUGGCCACGAGUGGAAGGGCCUGGUCCACUAUCAGACCAUCCUGUCCAUCAUUCCGCACCACCGCCAGUCCAUCAUAGGAACGGCGAUCGCUUUGCGCGCCAGGGGACACACGGCGAGGGCGAUACGCUACGCUCAAAGAAUUGUCACGAAGCAUCGUGGGAGUCGCACGUGCAGCAAAGCCCAAAAGGCCUGCUGACCCUGCGGGUCGGCGCCGAGUGCAUCCUGCCGUAAAUCGCGUCGCGAUGAAAGCUGUGUGGUGAAUUCAACAAUAAGUCAAUUGACACUACUUUUCGUUCCAAGAUCGCCUGACCAACAACUCAGUACUUGAUUUGUACACGCGUAACGAGAUAUUAAAAAAAGGCGCGCCUGCUCUGUGAUUUUUCUCUCAAUUUGAAGAAAGAAUGUUACACAAUUAAAGACUGCUUGAUUAAAGUGAGUGGAUUUUCCAAUUCCAGAUUGUUGGUAGCGAGAAGCGUUAAAAAUUCAUUUUUUUUUAAUGUAUAAAUUUAAAAUUAAUAAUGCAGCAGAACACAUACGGCAACAAACUAAUUAAUUAGGGUGUAGAAAAUUUUAAAAUUCAAAUUUCUCUCCAAUUGGUAAUUAAUAAAAACUAUAAUGUAAUGUUUAAGUGUGCGGCAAUUAAAAAUGCAACAACUCCUCAUGAAUAUCUUUUCUAAAAAUUGUUCACCGUUAAUUACACAUAAGAGACGCAAUAAAACGUAAGCUAUAUUUGAAAAUUUUUGGAAGUGUUACAGGAGAAGUCAAUUUGUUAUAAAAAAAAUACACACUGUAAAAAGUAGAAUUAGACCAAGAAAUACAGUUUUCUGCAUUUUGAUCAAUGCAAUAAUAACCGAUAAUUAAGAAGAAAAAAACAAUUCAAAGAGAAACAAUGCAGGUGCAUAACUAUAAUAUCCACACGACUGCUGAAUUACUAAAUAAAUAAUAAUAAUUACUAUAAUACAACAUAAUGUACUAUACGCAUGUGUAUUGGAAGCCAAAUUUGUCUGCGCGCCACUAUAUAAAAUUUGCUUGCGUCAAAAUUUCAUUGACAUACUUUUUAUUACAUAAUGCAAUUUGCAAUAAACCAU